AUGAAGUACCGCUCCCCCUCCCCCGACAACGCCCUCCCCACUCCCCCUCAGUCGCCCACCGCCGACGUAUCCCACUCGGCCAUCACCCUCCUCGACUCCCUCCAGGGCUUCUAUCAGCAGGAGCGCUACUGGGUCCACCAUACCCGCGCAGCCCUCGAGCUCGCCAUCACCAAGGGCAUCGACGCUCCUCCCCACUCUCCCGUCGCCGCGCCCACCACCACCGCAUCCUCGUUGGAGGGCGCGCUCUCCCCCGCAUCAUCCACCGCCUCGGACGCGACCGCCGUCGACGUCCCCAUGGUCAAGCUCGAGUCCGAGUCGGCCGCCGCACCCCUCUCGCCCCACUCGCCGUGGCUGCGGCGGAAGAAUAUCAUGCGCCUCAAAAUCGACGGCAUCUCCAUCCACCAGCGCAAGCGGCGACCGCACCGCGCACCGCCAACGGAGCCCAGCACGCGCAUCCUCGAGAUGUUCUCGGAGCUCAUGGACGCGCGCAUGGAGAGCUGCCGGCGGGUGCAGCGGCUCGUCCGCAAUGCGAACCGCGCCGACCUGUUCAUGCGUUAG